AUGAUAUAACAUCCUUUUCCUGAAAGAAUCCUCUCAACACCUUUACAUCAACUUCCUUAUAUUGUUAGUCAAAUAAAUAGUCAAAUUCAUAAAACAUCACAUGAUAUGACUAAAUAUUUAGAAGAGAAUAUUCAAGUGUGUAUGGAGUAACAUAAUAAAAAAAUUCAACUACGAAAAUAAAUCUAUGACACUAAUGAAUAAUAUAAAAUAUUAGAAAAUGUUGGUGCACAAUUAUAGAUGGCUAUAGCUAAUUUAAAAGGGCAAUCAAUUGAAUAAGAAAACUAAUCUCAAGAUAAUGAGGAAAAAUUAAUGAAUGCAAUUAAAAACUAAAAUUAUGAUGAAAUGUGUAAAUUGUUCCAAACAAUUAAAGAUGAAGUAUUAUUAAUUAAAUGCUCUAAAAUUGCUGCAAAUUUAUUGGCAACUCCAACAAAAAUUAAAAGAAUAAAAUCAAAUAAUUUCUUGAGAUUAUUUCUAAUCAUCUUCUUAUUUCAUAAUAAUAAAAGGAUGAAAUUAUUGAGAUUUGUGUUAAGGUUUGUAUUUAAAAAUGCUUUAAAAUGUACUUUCAAUAAAAUGUAUGGAAUACAAAUAAAAAUUAAGCCACUUAUUAUUCAGAUAUUAUAUAACUUUAUUAAAAAAGGUAUAAAUAGAUUAUGAUGUAGUUUUAAUUGCACAUUUAAACUUUUAUCAGUUUUUAAUCUACCUAAUUAUCAUUAAGCACAUAUUGCCAAUAAUAUAUUUCAAAAGUUUAAUUAGAAUGUCUUAAAUCAUUUAAUUACUCAUGAUAAUAAAGAAAAAUCAAUAGCAGUUAUUUUAAACUUUAAAAAUGUUUAAUAAAAUAAUUUAUUCUAUCAUUUAACUAAUAUCUAUUGUAAAAAUCAAUUAAUUCCUAUAAUGAAAUAAGAAUUGCAAAUUAAAACUCUCUUACUAAUUAUAAGAAAUCUAUAUAUAAAAUAAGACUAAUAACUCUUAAAUAUAGUAAAUAAAAAGGAUACUCAAUAACUUUUAGAAUGGUGCAAAUAGAGUAAAUAAAUUAAUUAUAAUUUAAAUUUAUUUUAAGCAUUAUUUGAUACUGAAAUGUAAUUAUAAAUUGAUCUGCUUAUUUGA